UGAAGAUGUGGGUGCAUUCUGGCAACAUGAUCUUCUUGCUGGGAAUACUUUGCCUCGUGUCCUUGUUACAAGGCCCGGCACCCGUUGAAGGAACAAUUGGCAGAGAUGGUCAUCCGAUAUACGCUAAACUGAAGUUCAGACCUGGAGCACCACCCGCACCCGUUCCUCGACCUGGAACCUACCACACGCCUGUUAAAGGGAUGAAAAAACCACCGCCCCCAAGUCGUCUUUUGAAGCCUGGUCCACCAGACCCAAAACGUCACUUGAAGCCUCCUCCAGCUUUGCCUCCCCGGGGUCGGCCCCAAGUGCCUCCAAGAGUAGGGUCCCUUGCAAAAUAGCCCCCGUCUCGGUAGUUAUGCCGGAGCCUCUUCUACACUGCUUCAUUGGUGAACUGACAACAAAUUGGGAUGAUUUGAGAGAUGUAGAAGAUUACAAAAAAGUCCGGAACUCGUGUACUGUGGCAGUCUGUAACACCAGGGUUACGGGCCAACACAGUGCCAUAGAAAUAACAGUGUAUAUAAAUUGUAGGUGUAAUCUAAAGGAAACCAAGAUUUCAUGUAAACGAAGAUUGCAGUUGGACAUGGCGAUGCUAGAUAAGCACACACAUGCUUGUGUAAUGACCACUGGUUGCCCUUUAAAAGGAGACCUUUGGAAAAUUGGUGAAGUAUUGCAUCAAAAACACCACAACAAAAUUGGCUUGUAGGUGUUCGUUCCUUCCGUAAUUGUUUGCACCACAUUUUCGACUGCUUUAGGUUUGAAUGAGGGCCUGGUUUUGUAUGUGUAUCUGCUUCAGCACACCAUGAAUAGUUGUUGAAUGUUCAUCGCUGUGAAAUAUUGAAUAAAACAUUGUUAGAAAACUGAA